AUGGGAACGAAGAGAAAGAUUGCAAUGGCUAAGCGAGAAACGAAGUCGCAGAGAUCGGUAACGUUCAGCAAACGCCGUCUAGGGCUUUUCAAGAAAGCCGCCGAACUCUCCGCCAUCUCCGGUGCUCAAAUCGCGGUUUUAGCGACUCCUCCUUCCGGAAACCCCAACGCCGUCUACUCUGGUCCCUUCGGUCACUCCUACACUGACGCCGUCGUCGACGCCUUCCUCAGCGGCCGUAUUCCGACAGCGCAUAAUUUCUUGCCGGACAAGAAUCUUGGGUCUGGGUUUUUGUCGGAGAACUGCGAUGACGAACUCGGAAUCCUCAUCGAGAAACUAAUAAGCGAUCUCAAGAACAGUCCUGGGUCUGGGUUUUUGUCGGAGAACUGCGAUGAUCCUGACGAACUCAGAAUUCAAAUCGAGAAACUAAGCGAUCUGAAGGACUGUGUGGGUAUAAUUCAGCGGAAGAGAGAGGAACAGAUCGUUUCUUGCGGACAUAAUCUUGACAAAGACAGCAACGCAAAGUCUGCGCAGUUCGAAGGGCUCUGCGAUCUCCAAGACAGAUUAGGGCUGAGCCAGCCCAGCAAAGACAAACUUCCUCCUCUGCAAUUUCCUGAAGGAUUCAACCAAUUGGAUCCGGAUCUCAUGAGCAUCGACGAAUAUUUGUCGGGAAACCGCAGUUUGUUCGAGGACUGGGGCCUUGGAACCGAUGCCCAGGAUGAAAGUUUCGAUGGUCUUGAUAUAACAGGGGAGUGGAUCAAAUUCGGCGAACAAGAUGAAGACAACAAUCGUGAUAAUGGGUUUGGCAUCGACUGGAAUAAUCCGACAAUGGACGACGUCUCUUACUUCGACUCCGGACAUCCGCUGGCCGAAUCUCUACACUGGUAG